AUGAGUUUUUCCUUCGGGGUUAUCAGGGGGCAUUACGGACUAUUCAAACUCAAUCCACAGUUUCUCUGUUGUUCCAACCAAACAACUCUCAGCUUUCUCACAGUUCUCAGCUCACAGCUGCUUUUCCACAGUUCACAGCAGCUUUUCCAAAAUCUUCAGCUGAACCAAUCACAACCUAAUGAUUUGAUUUGCCGCUCCAUACUAAUUUUACACUUACUAAAGUCUAAUUCUAUCCCUUUUGAACAGGGCAUCAACAUUGUCAAUUGGAGAGGCUUGGAGCUGCUUCUGCAUCCUCAGGAGAGCAGCAAACAAGAUAUGGAUUCAGUGCCACUCACUGCUGAAGCUAUUGCCUUUACCGAGAAAAAGAUGGACAUGACUCUGGAGGAUAUUAUUAAGAUGUCAAAGAAAAAAAUUCCUGCAGGCAAGAAAGCCCCUAGACAGCAGGUAAAAAAGCGUCCUUUUCAGAAUGGUAAUAGUAAUCAAGGGAAGGCAAAGGUUCAGCGAUUUCAUGAGUCUAGGUCAUCUAUACGACAAGGUGUUCUGGCACAAAGGAGGUCAAAUCUUGAUGCAAAUCAGUUCCAAAUCACAAAGCAGGCUGCAAACAAGGCUGCUACCAUGCCUGUGCGUGGUAGGGCUGACAGAUGGAACAAACCAAGUGGCCCGUCUACCUCAGCACAGAGGAGGCCCGUAAGCGAGGCUCUUCAGAACAGCAAGGGUAAGGAGAUGCAGAAUGAGCCUCCAAGGACAAUGGAUGCGCUCUUUGCACAGAUGAAGCAGCAGCGGAUGAGGAUCAUGCCACCGCAGCAAUCAAAUGCUACUACCCAUGGCCAUCAGUUUAACCAGCAGCGGCGUGGUCAGCAGCAGCGGCGAGGCAGAGGGGGAUACGGUGUCCGCGGCGGUGGUGGUAACCGAUGA